AUGAUGAAUAUUGUUACUUUUGUUACAUCAUAUCUAAAGAACUUUCACUAUGUUGGAUCGAUUUCUGAUGUGAUGCUAGUCAAAGUUCCUCAGAAUAAUGAACUCAUUGUUUACAGAGAAAUUCCAAAGCGUGGUGAAAGAUGUAUGUCACCAUCUAUGCAAGUUUCUUUGGAAGCCAAGAAUGUUCACAGAAGAGCUGGUGGAAAGAAAAAAGCUAAGGAAACUGGUGAUGAUGUUCUUGCGAAAUUAAAGGCUUCAAAUAAAUAG